AUGAGUCAAGUUCGUGUUUCAUGGACUUCAAGAAUGGCUAUCCAUCUCCACUUCCUUCUUUUCCCAGCCGAAUCAGCUCUGGAAUCAUUGCUGCAUUUGCGUAUGGACUCUACAGAUGUAUAUCCCGAAGAUCUCAGCCAAGACGCUAGCUUAGUUCUACAGGCAUGUAAGUUCCUGAGAGGCAGUCGAGUCGACAAGGGAUCCAUUGAAGAGGAUGUGAUUCUGCCUGCAACCGCAAAUUCACUAGUGCUGGAUCUCAGCCGUUCCACCAUUGAGAAGUUAUCAGUCAUCACUUGGCAUUUUGAUUCAUCGGGUGCGGUAUCUGAAGGGUUGAGCUGUUUUCUCAGACGGCCGAUUGAUAAUGCAGUUUGGGAGGCAGUCCAUCGAUCGUACCAGGUAAUGACGAAGCAGACCGUCCCCUUCAAAGAAUUCAAAGGCUCGCACGACUUUUUACUGUACCCUAUCUUGUAUUGA